AUGAAUGAAUCGAAAGGAACCACAAUUCUUCUUUUUGAUGUUGAUGGUACUCUAACAUUACCACGUCAGAAGUUGGAUCAAGAAAUGAGCAAUUUCAUGAUGGAAGUGCACAAAGCAGUACCUUUAGCAGUAGUGAGCGGUUCUGAUCUACCAAAAGUAGUCGAGCAGUUGGGAGAAAGCCUGGAGGAUGUUCUGAACCGUUUUGAUUAUGUGUUCAGCGAAAAUGGGCUUGUAAGUGUCAGUAGAGGGACUACAUUUCCCGUGCAGUCAAUAAAACAUCUUCUUGGUGAAAAGCGACUGAAAGAACUCAUCAAUUUCACGUUACGAGAAUUUUCAAAAAUUGAUUUGCCUAUUAAACGUGGAAAUUUUAUUGAAUUUCGAAAUGGAAUGUUAAAUCUCUCACCAAUAGGCCGAAGUUGUACCCAAGAAGAGCGACUGCAAUUUGUAGUAUAUGAUGAAAAACAUGGUGUGCGUAAAGAAUUUGUUAGGAAACUUGAAAAUUUCACGGAAGGAUGGAAUCUCAAUAUUCGUAUAGGUGGCCAGAUCAGUAUCGACGUAUUUCCGUAUGGUUGGGACAAAAGGUAUUGUUUACAGUUUCUGGAUGAUUUCCACACCAUUCACUUUUUUGGCGAUAAAACUGCACCGGGAGGUAAUGACUAUGAUCUGUUUAUUGAUCCUAGAACUACUGGAUAUACCGUCAAAGAUCCUAAAGACACGAGGGAACAAGUCCGCAAGCUGUUGGAAACUCUCUGA